AUGUUUCAAUUGAAUGAGCUAGAAAGAAUACACAAUGAAGCAUAUGAGAGUUCGAGAAUCUACAAGGAGAAAACCAAAGCUUUUCAUGAAAAACAUAUUCUUCGAAAGAGUUUUGUGGAAGGUCAGAAAGUAAUCAUGUAUCACUCUCACCUUAAACUCUUUCCUGGGAAGUUGAAGUCAUGUUGGUUAGGUCCAUUCAUUGUCACCAAGGUUUUUCCUCAUGGAGCGGUCGAAGUUGUAAGUCCAAGUACCGGAAAGUCUUUCAAGGUGAACAGUCAAAGAUUAAAGCCAUAUUAUGAAUCAAUGGACGAAGAACAAGCUGCUAAGAUUCAGCUCAUUGACUCGGUAUAUGUUGAUGAAUGA